AUCACUUCCGGUUUUGUAUCCGCCAUUUUGCUUAAAAAUCAUCAUUUUCGAGCGGUUUCUUUUAAAGUUGGUUUUACGGAGCAUAUAAAUAUAACAAUCAAUGUUUUUGAUCCAGCUUUGAAUCAGAAGUUAGGAAAUCCGAACCAUCUGCUAUGGAUGAUGCUAAAGACACAGAAAUAAUUCAAAAUGAUCAAACAAGCGGUGAAAAGCACGCUGAGAAGACUACAAACAAUAAUGACAUAACCGAAGUUGAUGAUUUAAAAGACUAUGCUAACUUACCAAAAGAUCAAGAAAAAGAACCCCAAUCUUCUCCAACCACCAAAUUAGAUGGAGAAAAUCUCAAAACAAGGAGGCGAAAGCCUGCAAUAACAAGAAAAGUAUUAUGCUACGACUCAGAUGACGCCGAUGAUGAAUCAGAUGGUACAAAUAGGGAUGAUCAUGAUAUGGAAUUUGACUCUCGUGGAAGACCUGUUGGCCUGCCUGAUGGAACAUUGUACUUAGAACCGGAAUCUGUUGAUGAUACAAAAAGAAAAAUUGUACCGAUGACAAAGAUCGGCCCCUCAUGUACAGUUUGUGGAUCUGAAAUUCGAAGAACUAGCGGCGGAUAUGCAAGAAGUCAUCCUCAUCUCCGAGUUCUUGUUUGCAAAACUUGUUAUUAUUAUUAUCAAUGUGUUCCUAUCGAAAGAGACGAUAAUGGGACAGAUAAUCAGUGUCUCUGGUGUGGUGAGGGGGGCUCAUUACUUUGUUGUGAUAAUUGUCCUCAUGCAUUCUGUAGUGAAUGUAUACGAAGAAAUCUUGGUAGAUCUCAGCUUCAACGAAUUAAGGAUCCAAAAACUAAAUGGUCGUGCCUUGUUUGCAAUUCUAAUCCUAUAAAACCAUUAGUAAUUGAGUGCCAAAGAGCACUGGGGGAAAUAACACCUGAAAAACCAACAUCAAAGUCGUUAAUAGGCGGUAAUUAUCGAGGCUCUCAACGAAGAUUUCUAAGAGACGUACCAACCUACAACGGUGAUUAUUUUCAAACUUGCCCUGAAGCUGUGUCGGAAGUUCUCUUAAGAACGCUGACUGUAUUAGAUAAAUUACGAAACCACGUGAAGGAUUUAAGAAAAAGAAACAGAGCAGCAACUAGAGAACAAUCUAUGGAGCUGCAAAGUAGGCUACGAACAGAUGUAGCAAGAGACACCGAUCGAAUGUUGGCUAUUUUCAAAAAAGCAGCGAAUCAGUGUACAUUAUUGGCUCGACGAAGAACGUCUGAGUACAGUGAUAGGCCGAGAAUUCGCCGGAUCAAUAUCACAAAUCAAGUUGGCCCUCAAGAAGUCAUUAUCAUAGACAGCUCGGAGGAUGAACGCAAAAAUAUUCAGAUUUCAAAAAAUAAGGGUAAAAAAAGGAGAAAUAGUGCUAAUGACAGUUGCGAUGAUAAACAAAAGUCAUCUACCAGUACAUUUGACACUAGUGAUCUAAUAUCAAGUGAUGAACCAGACAAAGAAUCCUCAAAAGCUAAAUUACGAAAAAUUCGUCAAAAACUGAAAAAGAGACGCUUGAUUAGAGAAAAUAGAAGGCGUCAAAGAGAGAAAAUAGACAUGGAAGAAAGUAACUUAGAAAGCGAUCACAAUUUAAUACUUCCGUCACAAGAUGGUACAAAUGAUCCUCUCGAUACUACUAACAAUGAUGCCUUGGUAAAUAGCACUAUUGAUUCUAGUGAAUUUGUUAACGAAGAAGAGGCUGUUUCGUCCACAAUGAGAAAUCUCCGAGCUGCCAUAGGGAGAGUUCAGGGAAGUGAAAGUGCCAAGCUGAAUCUCAAAAAGCGAACACAAGCUGAAGAAGGCUUGGGAUCUGCCUCAAAUCCUGGGAAUAGUUCACUCGUCGAUAGAAUUAUGAACUCAAGCGACGAUGAUUCCGAGCUGGACACUCAUCAGAUUAGUGACCAAUUUAGUGAAGAUGAAUACCAAAGUCACGCUAUCAAUCCACAUAAGGAUAAAUCUUAUAUAUUUGAUAGCUCCAGUUCAAAUUCAGAUAAUCAAUCGCAUGACUCAGAUUUGGAAGAUCUCGGGUUAAAUAAAUUAAAGAAAGCUUGCAAGAAUAAAGUUCCAUCGGAAAAUAAAAAGAGUUUAACAUCUUCGAAAGAUGAUAAUGACUCGACUUCUUCGAAAGAAAAUAGCGAGUCAACCACCUCAAAGUCUAGCAGACGUCCUUAUGACAAAUUGUUAGAUGCAAGGAUAAAUGAUUCUGAGGAUGAAUGCUUUGAUACUGAUAAUCGGAAGCGUAAAUAUCACAUAAACACAGAUAGUAGUCAAAAUUCAGAUGUAAAUCCUGAUAAAAGUGAUAGAAAAUUAAAAAUUACAAUUAAACGUGAUAAAAAAGGUGAACCUGAUGAGUUGUCUGACAAGAAAACUGCCCAAGCUAAGGAAAAAAAGAAAAAGAGAGAAAAAAAGAACAAAAAAAGAGACGAUUCGAGCGGAGAUGACCCAAAUAAACUUUCAGAUGAAUCGGAGCCAGGAAAUGAUGUCAAAAAGAAAAAAAGAAGAAGGAAAAGAACUAUUAUCACAAUAUCAUCUUCUGAUGAAGACAUGGAUAAAGAGGAAAACUUUACAAAAAAGAAGAGACGAGUUUCUGGCGCUUCGUCAAAUGACAGUGACAUCGAGGAAGUUGACGUAAAGGGAACGCCUGGUAAACGUAAGGAUAUAAAAAAGAUAAUAAAAGAUAAAAAACUGGACAGCGAUACCAAAGCUGCUGGUCGAGAAGAAGAAGAAAGACGGAAUCGUGUCAAGGAACGCCAACGUUUAUAUAAUACUGUUGUGGAGGAUACCGGGCAGAAGUGUCCUAUUACGACAAAAUUAGAAUUGGAUCCACCUCACGUCGAAGUUCAUCCAAAUAUUAUCCGUUUAUUGAAGCCCCAUCAGGUUGAAGCAGUGAAAUUUUUGUGGGAAUGUGUCUGCGAAUCGGUUGAUCGAGUCAGAGACAAUGAUUCUGGUUCUGGUGCUAUUCUUGCUCAUUGCAUGGGUUUAGGAAAAACUUUAUCAAUUAUAGCCUUUGUGCACACUAUAAUGACGGAAAAAUUACUAAAAUUUACUCGUUGUUUAGUAGUUUGUCCGUUGAAUACCGUCCUUAAUUGGAAAGAUGAAUGGGAUACAUGGCAGGGGCAUUUGAAUGAUAAGAAGCUUGAAUUGAAUGUUGUUGAAUUGUCAAGUUUAAAGAAUAGUGCAAAUCGAGUAAUUGAAAUUGAAACAUGGUGGAAAACAGGGGGAAUAUUAAUAAUUGGUUAUGAAAUGUUUAGAAACUUAGCCCAACAUAAAUGGAUUAAAAAAAAGAGUCAGAAAGAUAUGUUAACUAGAUGUUUAAUCGAUCCUGGUCCAGACUUGUUCGUUGCGGACGAAGGUCACGUCUUAAAAAAUGCCUCAUCUGCUCUAUCACAAUGUAUUGCAGGGGUGAGAACCAAGCGGAAGAUAGUUUUAACAGGUACACCUCUACAAAAUAAUCUGUUGGAAUAUCACUGUAUGGUUGAUCUUGUGAAGAAAAGAUUACUGGGUACGAAAAAAGAAUUUUGCAAUCGCUUUGUUAAUCCCAUAACAAAUGGUCAGUGUGCUGAUUCUACCCAGAGAGAUGUAAAACUAAUGAAAAGACGUGCUCACGUCCUCCACGAAACAUUAGCCGGUUGUGUACAAAGACGAGAUUAUAGAGCUCUGACAUCUUUCUUACCACCUAAAUAUGAAUACGUUGUUUAUACUCAAUUGGGAGAGAUUCAAAUUAAACUUUAUGAAGAGUAUUUAAAAAGGAAAGUAGGUUUAGGAGAAAUUCGGAAUAGAGGAGCAUCUUUAUUCUCAGACUAUCAAUUUUUAAUGAGAAUUUGGUCGCAUCCUUGGCAAUUGAAAAUGAAUGAAAUAAGACAAGAAGCUAAGCGCAUGUUUAACGAUGAUUCCAUGGAAGAGUUUAUUGACGAUAAUUCCGUAGGGACCAGUGAGGCUUCGCAGUCAACUGAUAGCAACAAUGAUGAUGACUGCUUAGUUCUGAGUGAUUCUGAUAAUGGAAAACGAAAGACAAGAUCUAUGAAGAAAAAUCCGAAAGCCGAUUCUGAUACUGAUAAAUCUGAUGAAAAUACUUAUGUUAAUAAAUUUUCCACCAAGCGGACAAGACGUAAUCAAUCGGAUGGCCAAAAGGAAGAUAUUGUAGAAGAUGAAGAAGUAAAGGGACCUGUAAGUAAUGAAUGGUGGGCUGAUCAUAUGGAUGAACAGAUGAAAAGCUGUGUGGAAGCUUCUGGAAAACUAAUGAUUCUUGUCCGCCUACUGGUUCUAUGUGAAUCGAUUGGAGAUAAACUCAUAGUAUUUUCUCAAAGUAUACUUACAUUAAAUUUUAUCGAGCACAUACUUAAACUCUGGCAAGAGGCAAGUAUUGAUGAGAAUAAAACUGAGGAAGAGAUUGAGUUAAGCAAAGAAUUUUUGAAAAGAACAACAGAUGGUGUUAAAUCAAAAUGGGUACCAAAUACUGAUUACUUUCGAUUUGACGGCUCAACACCAGCCCAUCUAAGAAAACGAUGGGCUACAAUUUUCAAUAAUCCGGAAAAUAUUAGAGCUCGUUUGUUCUUAAUAUCAACUAAAGCCGGUGGCUUAGGUAUUAAUUUAAUUGGAGCUAAUCGGGUUGUAAUUUUAGAUGCUUCGUGGAAUCCGAGCCAUGAUGUUCAAUCUAUAUUUAGAGUAUAUAGGUUCGGGCAAACUAAACCUUGUUAUGUUUAUCGUUUGUUAGCGUACGGUACUAUGGAACAGAAGAUAUACGAACGUCAAGUGACAAAACUGUCUUUGUCCCACCGUGUUGUUGACGAACAACAAAUCGAUAGGCAUUUCACUGCUGCCGAUUUACAGGAAUUGUACAAUUUCCGGCCAAUACCGGAGGUUGAACCAACGCCUCCUGUUCCAAAAGAUCGUUUACUGGCAGAACUAAUAUCAGAAUUAAAAGUUCAUGUAAUUGAUGUAAAAGAACACGACUCAUUACUUGAAGAAAGACCUGAAGAGAGCCUAACAGAGGAAGAAAGAAAGGCAGCUUGGGACGAAUAUGAGCAAGAGAAAGAAGGUGUUAGAUCAGCCGUGCUGGCCGCUGGUAACACAAUGGGAUUUGGAAUGGGUGCUCCUGGUAUGGGAAUGUCAUUAGCCCAGCAACAACUUUUCUUACAGCAACAGCAAAUGUCCGCUCCAACAACAUUUCAAAUGCAAGAAUUGGCCAGAAAUAUUGUUGCAAAAUCUCCAAAUAUUACUCAAGAGGAGCUUCAAAAGCAGCUCCGGCUUCUUAUACAACAGCAGUACAUUGAACAAUAUCAGCAACAAAUAUUGAGAUGGCAACAAGUUAUGAGUCAACAGGCUGCUCUGGCAAGAAAAUAG